CUCUUGGGAAGAGUGUAGGCCUUAAUUACAUUUUCAAAAUUUGAAAAUGCAGAUCCAAAGUUUCAAAUACAUCCAGGUCAAAGUAAAGUUAUCACAAUUUACCCCUAACUUAUACACUUUUUGCAAUUCACACCCAACAAAACCCUAGAACACUUCUUGUUUCAAUCAAACAAAAACCCUUGGCCCCGACACCCAAAGGAAUCAAGCCUUUCGAACCCUAACCCCACAAUUCCUUUCGUUCACAGUCUCUUAUCUACUCUCUCCCUGGCUUUGUUACCGUUACACAUUUCUUAAACCUUCAUCCGGUGGAAAGUAUAAAAUCUUUGGUUUUCAAGUCGGUUGUCAAGUUAACUGUUGUGGGUUUUCGCAAUGGAAUUAGUGAAAUCGUCCAGCUCUGAUUUGGGGUAUUUACAGAGAAAAAUGGCAUCUCUCGCCGGAGCGAUGGCUUUUGAAAGCCUUUUGGCUGCUGAAAUUUCUAUUGCUUGCCUCGUCAUGAUGAUGGGACUUCUGCUUGAAGAUGGAAGUACAUUGCCAAAUUUGAUUGGAAAUGAUCAAAGGUUUCCUUUUUCCGAGCUUAACAAGAAGAGUUCAACUGAACUUGAAGCAAAAGAUGGAAGUGACACAGAGGAUGAUGAUGAAGAAGAAGAGAAUGAUGCAGAGGAGCCAGAAGAUGAUGCUGGAGAUGAAGAUUUCUCAGGUGAAGAAGAAGCUGGAGAUGAUGAUGAUGAUGAAGCUGAUGCUGAGGAGGAUCCUGCUACUAAUGGGAAUCAAGGUAGUGAUGAUGAUGAUGACGAUGAUGAUGAUGAAGAAGAUGAUGAUGAUGAGGAUGAUGAGGAGGAAGAAGAAGAGGAGGAUGAUGAUGAGGAAGAACAACCACCAGCUAAGAAGAGAAAGUGA